UGGCUGAUAUCAACUUAUAUUAACGCUCCACAAUAUGGGAACAAAAAUCUCUGCUAUUACGCAUAAGCAUAUGAUUAUGCCUCUUCCAAAAAUAUAAUAAAAUAGCAUUUGAAAACUCACCCUAGGGUUUUAUGAGGGUACAGAGCCAGGCGCCGAUGGCAAAUUUGCAGACUUAAAUGGGAAUCUGACAAUCUGUAAUGGAGUCUUCGAUCUCCUUGUCGUGAAAAUGGAGAACCCAGAUACAGAAACGAAAAGAUCUCCGCCGCCGCCUCCGCCUCCGUCUCAAGAACCAGAACCCAAGAAGCUCAAAAUGUCCACCACUACUACCUCAGAUGACGAAGACACCGGCGAAAAUACCUGCAACACCAAAAAACAAAGAUAUAAACGUAGAAAAAUUGCAAUUUUCUUCGCUUAUUGCGGUGUGGGAUACCAAGGCAUGCAAAAGAACCCAGGCGCCAAAACCAUAGAAGGCGACCUUGAAGAGGCUCUGUACCAGUCCGGCGCGGUUCCUGAACAGGACCGCAACAUUCCCAAACGCUAUGAUUGGGCCCGGUCGGCUCGUACAGAUAAGGGAGUCAGCGCCGUCGGCCAGGUGGUGUCGGGUCGGUUCUAUAUCGACCCGCCGGGAUUCGUCGACCGCCUCAAUUCGAAACUCCCAAGUCAGAUUCGAAUUUUCGGGUACAAGCGCGUGACGGCAUCGUUUAACGCUAAGAAGUUCUGUGAUCGGAGAAGGUAUGUUUAUCUUCUUCCUACGUUUGCCCUUGAUACUAGUUCGCAUCGCGAUAGAGAGAGCGUAAUGGCUAGUUUAGGAUCUGAUAAUGAGUUUGUUAAGUGUUUGGAAUGCUCUGAAAGAGGCCGUAAGGUUGAGGGCCUAUUCGGUAAGCGCAAUUACCAAUUGAGAGGUGCGGGUAUGAGUGUCGAGUCAAGCACUUUGUCUAAUCACUCUGAUGCUGCUUUAGACUGUAGAAGCAGUGAGGAAACUAUGGUUUCUCCAAUCAUUGUUAAUGGCGAUAAUUCAAAUUGUGAAUCGAAAACGGAAAUUAUUGUUGAAAAUGGGGAUUCUGCAAUUAAGCAGGUUGAAGAUACAAUUUUGACCUCGAAUGAGAGCGCUGAUUUGGAUUCCGAGGUUACUCUGGAGGAAAAGAAAGCUAAUGAUGAGGGUGAGCCUGAAAAGGCAAGUGGAUUUUCUUACGGUAAGGAGGAAAGAGAACGAUUCAAUAGAAUUUUGAAGUGCUACGAAGGUACUCAUAAUUUCCACAAUUUCACUACCAGGACAAAAGCCGAAGAUCCUGCAGCUCGUCGCUUCAUAAUUUCAUUUGAGGCAAACAAAGUAGUAACGGUCGAGGGCAUUGAAUUUGUCAAGUGUGAGGUUGUGGGACAAAGCUUCAUGCUUCAUCAGAUCAGGAAAAUGAUAGGGCUUGCAGUGGCAAUCAUGAGACACUGUGCUCCGGAGUCGUUGUUAGAGAAGGCUCUGCAGAAGGAUGUGAAUAUGAAUGUGCCUACGGCUCCUGAGGUUGGUUUAUACUUGGACGAGUGCCUCUUUUCGUCCUAUAACCAAAAAUGGAAAGACAGUCAUGAAGAGCUUUCAAUGAAAGCGUAUGAACAAGAGGCGGAAGAGUUCAAAAUGAAACAGAUUUAUUCUCAUAUUGCAUCGACGGAACGUAAAGAAGGUGUGGUGGGUCUCUGGUUGCACUCUCUCAACCACCGAAAUUAUCCAGAUUUACGUGUUGUCGACGGUGCUAGCCCAACUUAGGCGAUGAAAGAGAGAGAGAGAGAGAGAUAAAAAAAAGACUCUUUUAAUUGAAUUGUAUUUUAUCAAUUAAUAUUGAUUAGUGUAUGGUUACAAUAUACUUGAAUCUGUGUUGCUAUAAUUUUUUUUUUUUUUUUUCAAAUGAAUUUCAGUCAUAAUCAUUUUUGUCUAACGCUAUGUCAAUAGUGCUUUUUGGAUGUUAUCACCUGACCUUAGAGGUCUUUUCCAAUUCAAUGAGCAUAUCCUCCCAUUGUAACGUGCAUGCGAAUUGUAAA